AUGGAAUACGAUAAUAAUAAUCAAAGAAUGUUUAUGCCACAUUCAGUAGCUGCUACUUAUUUAUUUCGUUGGCCAAUACGACAAUAUCAAAAUCGAUUUUUAGUUUCAACAAUUGAUAAUCCAUCGUUGUUCAUCUCAUCUGAUCAAAAUAUUCCACAUGAAAAACAACGUAUGAAAAGAAUCUAUUGGGAAAAUCUUGCAUUUCAUGCAGCUGAUUUUAAUCGAAAACCCAAAAAAAUUUAA